CUUAAAAAAAAACAAAAAACAACAACCGGCACACCUGUGCACACCUGGCACGCGCCGCGCCACUGCAGUUACCUGGCUGCAGGUAUGCGGAAGUGAGGCGGAGGUAACGUUAGUGCUGCUGUCCGGACAGACAGACAGAUAUAGAGAGAAAGGGGUUUGUUUCCACUAAGCCGGUGUUGGUCUGUGAUAGAGGGACGUUCAUGGAGAGGACACCGGUGAUGAUGAUGAUGAUGAUGAUGCAUUGAUUAAGUUCAGAGAUGUUCUUCAAGGAUUGUAAGGAAAAGAUGGAGCUGCUGGAAAAAGGGAAAGAUGAGCAGCCUCUCCUUCCUGAGCUGCCCGUCCAGAAAACCUUUGACUACGUUCUGGUGGCCGAUAAGUUGGACGACGUCAUGGACAGGAAGUACCAGAAGCAGGAUGAAUUCCUGAAAGAGCUAAAGAAGAAGAAAAUUUCAAUUAAACGGAUAGAACAUGAUGGAAAACUAUUCUACGGCCUGCGUGCUCCCAAUGACAUAUUUGAGGACUAUCAGUACCUGCUUAAAGUCUCCGACUCCUGCAACUGGUGCCAUGAUGAGAAGGGACUGACCCAGGCGAACAAGAUCCGAAUCGUACAUUACAUUUUGGAAAACACCUUCAUCAAGACCGGAGAGAAGCUGGAUGACCUGAUGAUGGAGGAUGUGUUUGAAACUAUGUUCUGUCUUCAUGAGAAAAAGGAACAGAAGAUGCUGCGGGCGAGUUGGGCUAAGUGGGGGAAUUUCUAUAAAGGACAACCUUUCGACGAAAUCAAGUGUUACUUUGGGGAAAAGGUGGCGCUGUACUACCUGUGGUUGGGCUGGUACACCAAACUCCUGGUUCCAGCAUCCGUUCUGGGCAUAGUCGUCUUCCUUUAUGCUCUGGCCUUUUUCAACACCAGCCCUCUCAUAGAUGAGGUGUGUAACUCCAACAUCACCAUGUGUCCUCCCUGUGAAAAGAGGUGCGAUAUAUGGAACCUCUCAGAUACGUGCAGCUACGCCAAGGUCAGCCAUUUGUUUGAUAAUGAGGGCACCGUGGCAUUCGCCAUGUUCAUGGCCAUCUGGGCCACUCUGUUCCUAGAGCUGUGGAAGAGACACAGAGCCAAAUAUGUUUCUAAAUGGAAGGUUUUUGACUGGUGUGAUGAAGAGGAGGAAAUGAUCAUGAAAAUAGUCAACGAUCCAGACUGUCAGCUAAAGGAGUUCACGCACUCUUACAAGCGCAGCGCUCUGGUCCUCAUCCUAGUAACAGUCAUGCUGAUGGUGAUCAUCGGCAUCACUCAUUUUCUUGUGGUGGUUCGAGUGAUUGCCGCCCCCUUGAUGUCAGAAAGCAAGUGGGAAUUUAUGAGCGAACACUCAAAGACUCUGGCUGUGCUGCUGGGCGCAGUGGUUCAUUACGUCACCAUUCAGAUAAUGACCAAGGUCAACAGAUGGGUGGCCCAGAAGCUGUCAUAUUUAGAAAAGCCGAACUCAUUCGCUGCCAGAGAGAGAAGCUUCACCAUCAAGAUGUUCACCUUCCAGUUCUUCACUCUCUUCUCAUCUCUGUUCUAUAUAGCUUUUUUUCUGGGCAGGAUAAACGGCCACCCAGGAAACUACGUGCGCCUUGCAGGGUAUAGACUGGAGGAGUGCCAUCCCAGUGGCUGUUUAACGGACCUCUUUAUCCAGAUGGCAGUCAUCAUGUUGCUCAAACAGACCAUCAACAACAUCUUGGAGUUCAGCGUGCCGUGGGUCAAGGGCUUUGUGAGAAAGAAAACGGCGAAGCGGCUGAAGAGAAACUGCGGUCGCUGUUACAGGAAAGCUUGCCGCGACAAUCGGAAAGAUAUUGAACCGUGUGAUACUUGCAAAAUCCGAAACUGGCUGAGGAACUACCACCUGGGCAACACUGACGCCUUCAGCCUUUUCAAUGAGUUCUUGGAAAUGGUGAUCCAGUUCAGUUUCACCACCAUCUUUGUGGCAGCAUUCCCGCUGGCGCCCCUUCUGGCGCUCAUCAACAACAUCCUGGAGAUCCGGCUGGAUGCCAUCAAGAUGGUCCGCUUGGAGCGCCGUCUCAUUCCAAGGAAGACAAACGACAUUGGUGUGUGGACGAAGAUUUUAGAAGCUGUCGGCGUUAUGGCCGUGAUCGCUAACGGCUUGGUCAUUGGAAUCUCGUCGGACUUUAUUCCUCGUCUGGUUUACCGCUAUCAUUACGGCCCGUGUGCCAACGGCAGCACCUCCUCACACUGCAUGCAAGGCUACAUUAAUGACACCCUGUCCAUCGCCUACAUGAGGCAGGGCAGGCAAGACGAAUUUGUACUUCCAAGGGAGAAGAAUCUCUUUAACGUCACUCAAUGCAGCUACAGAGACUACAGAGAUGCAGAGGACUACUCUCUGACCCCUAAGUUCUGGCUGGUCCUGGCCAUGCGUUUUGCCUUUGUCAUUCUCUUUGAGCAUGUGGUGGUGCUCUGUAAGUUUGUAGCAGCUUGGUUCGUCCCACACAGUGCCACCUCAGUUAAGAACAAGCGUAUGAAGGAUAAACUGGAGCGACUGAAGGAUGAAUUAAAGUAAGUUUGCUGCCUGUCU